UUGUUCGAGGGACGGACCGCCUGUUGCCACACCAUUUAAUGUCCGUCACGCAAAGUAGUGGACGAGCUGUGCUGUAAAUUAAGUAUUUAUCUUGCAACCUGUGUUGUGAACACUUUUGAUGGACUACGUGGAGCAGAAAGACACAGAAGCGACUGCGCCUUCAGUUAUCGACCGAUAUUACACACGAUGGUUCAGAGCCGAUAUGAAGGGGAAACCGUGUGAGGACCACUGCAUCCUGCAGCAUUCAAACAGACUAUGCGUUGUCACGUUAGCAGAGACUCACCCAAUUCUUCAGAAUGGACGGGCAAUCAAAAGCAUCAAUUACCAGAUCAGUAACUGCUGCAGUCGGCUGAACAAUAAAGUGUCUGGGAAGUCCAAGCGGGGCGGUCAGUUUGUUACUGAUUUCGCACCUCUGUGUAGGAUAACAUGCAUGGAUGAAACUGAAUACACAAUCUACAGCUGCAUCCGGGGCCGUCUUCUCGAGGUCAAUGAGAGUAUUUUAGAAACACCUACUCUCUUGCUGGAAAAGCCAUUCACUGAAGGCUACAUCGCUGUCAUCCUGCCAAAGUUUGAGGAGAGCAAGAGCAUAACAGAGAAUCUUCUGAGCAGAGAGGAGUUCGAGAGUGUCGUCUCCAAACGUACUGUUGCCCAAUCUCAACCAUCAUGACGAGAGCUCCCGGUUUAUGCCUGAAGUCAAAACUCUUCUGCCACUCCC